AUUUUUUGUCCGUCCGACAAGCUUUUUCAAGUGGGGAUAACUAGAUGUAGUUAGGCACAAGCAUCCGAGGAUGCUCUUCCCAGCUUCCAGUCCAGAUCGGACCAUUUAAAGGGUACAAAAAUAAGAAGUUGAACAUAAAAAACUAUUUCAGAAAUGCCCACAUCAAAUUUCCAAUCUUUCGAGCAUGCAACUAGAGAAAAUGCGAGGAAAUUCGAUCUGGCAACCUGCAGCGGAGAAAAACCCCCCACGCAACGCGCCAGACAAUAACCCUCAACCCUUCAUCAACUGGGGCACACUCAUUGCGGGUUAUCAGAGGGCGGUAGGAUAGAUAAACACGAAAAUAGACCCAUUCAACCAUUUACGUACGCGUGGAAAAAGAAAAUGUACGAGGAAAACCAAUCGAAAGGAUGUUCUAGGUCCAGUUAGAUCCUGCCAUUCGCACAAGCUGGUAAUUUGUCGACAGAAAUGCAUGUUGUUCGAAAGUGGAAACGAGAGAAUGAUAGAAAAUCGCUCAUUUUGAGGAUGGACUGUAGUAAGGAAACUGCAAUAUUUUCCUCGAGAAGCAACUAUACGUACUAGUCACACAUCCACAAGAGCCUAUACAGGAACCAGCAUGGUUUCUUACACGAACAAACCCAACAAAAUAAUCACGAACACAUUACGCUUCUAACAAACUGCACAAUAAUUUCUUAUACACACAUUUUUGGUAGCGUGUAAGUUGCGGUUACAAAAGUUCGAGGCCUAAAGCAGGACGUCGAAAUUUCUCGAAAAAAUUGGCAACAAAAGCUUCAAGCUGAAGCGAAGCCACGAUUACGACCUCCUGAUAGUCGACUGCGACCCCUUCAUGGAGGCAACAGAGGAGGACGAUGAUGGCAGGUGGAACUGCAGCGUGCACCCCAGCGUUUUCUUUCUAUUGGGUACCCUAUUGCUGACCACUUGCGCCACUGCUAUGUUAUGCGGUGCAAUAAUGACAGAUCACUUGGAGGAAGUGACAUGGGACAGGUACGCCCUAGAAGAACUAUCGAAUUCAACAGUAAGGAUUCAAUGGUAUCUAGAUGGCAAAGUGGCAAAGAUAACCACCAAUGAUGGCAAAAAUAAGGUCAUAGCCUUCCUCGUACCAAUGCACGGUGGCAUAUGGACUCUGUGUGUUAGUCUAACGAGUGAAGAGAUUGAGCUGCUUGGGGAGAUUGGCUUCCCUCCGGUGAUCCAAUGUGUGAACUAUCUGUCUGGGGGUCUUGACGGCAUGAGAGGUUAUGAGCCCAGGGCAGAUUGGCAGCACAGGAUGCAAAACCUUUCCAUAUCUUGUGCCCUGGUGUGCCUGAUUGUACUUGGAAGUGCAGCCUUGGUGGGAGCAUUUGGAGUUUUUCAGCACCAAAUCAGCGCUGUUUUGGUCACCGGUUUCAUGUAUCUACUGGCAGCAUCUUUUGCCCUUUUCUCCCUAACGAUAAUUCAUUUCAAAAGACUUCAAAAUAAACCUAGACUGGACGAAUCUGAGACCAUGGUAGAUGGUGUCGUCAGUCCCAUUGGAGGUAAAGGGGUCUCCGAUCUCCUGGGAGCAAGAAUAUUCACAACCUCUUGGUCUUUGGACCUCGGUUGGGGAGGUGUGGUUUUAUGUGUGAUGACUUCGAUACUGUGGAUACUUCUAUCGAAAAUAAUGAGAUUCAAUCCGAUAACAAGCAUGAUCAAUUGAGAAUCACUCCCUCUUUACUUAGCAGAUCAGUCGUUCUUCUAGUCAGUUCGUUUAAAACAAUAUUUCAUGAAAAGCAUUCUUAAAUCUGGACUAUAGGGUGAUUGAGAUGUAGCUCGCUUGUAAAAUUGCAAUUAUUUCCUCAAAUUCUUCAUGACAGAAGUGUUGAGCAAGGUCUAAAGGCUAGUUUAUUCAACAAUUUCAAGGAAUCUUUGUAGUGACAGUUUUGGUACUGAUAGGGAUUCCUUGUUGGUUGAAUUCAACAUGAUAUGAGGACCUUACAUGUAAAAUAUUCAUCAUUUCAUAGAUGCUUUGUGCCUGUGAAUUCGACUUCAACUUUUGGAGUUUGUAAUUUUCCCGUCCAUAUAUGAUUUUAAAUUUUGAGCCUCAGCCGUUAGAGGUGUUAGUGCAAAAAUUUCGGAUGUAGAAAAAAAAAUUCGAAUUGAAAAAUAUAUGUGUGAAGCCUGCAAAGCUUUAAAGUAAAAUAUCCAUGUAAUUAUUCAAAAAACUAUCUAUAAAGCUGGAAAAUCAAGAACCUCCCUGGAAAAAAUUUAAUUAGGCGCUUAUUUUUGUACGAGUAUUUUCUGAUAAUGAUCUUGUUAUUUGAAGGAUGUUAUGAACUGAUAUUUAAACGAAGGAUUUGUUCCUGGAAGUCUAACUUGAAGAAAAGAAUGCGGGAGCAAUAAAAACUUAAGAUAGGUUAGGUUAGCCGUAUAUCUUGCAACAAAAAAACACCUUACGAUGCUUGCCUUAAAACUUAUAUUUGUAAAAUUUAUUUUGUACGAAUAUUCGGAUUUGCGAUGUAUAUUCUUUAAUUCCUUUUAGUGUUCUGUAAAUUAUUUCAGAAUAAAAUUAAAUCAGCUAAUGUUUCA